AUGUCCAAAGUGCUUCAUUUAAAUACAACACCCUCCAGCGAACCCGAACCCACAAUACUUUCGACCUGGUCGUCGACUUCAUCAAUUAGCACCUUAUCAUCUGUUGCCACUACUCCUACCCUGUUACAACUAGCCAAACCCACUUUGGAAUCUGCACCAAUGAUGUUGAAAGCUGGUUCAAUUAAUGAUUUGCUCGCAGGUGGUCCCUUUCAACAAGAACAAAAGACUAACGAUUCGGUGUUUACCAAUUCCGACGUUGCCUUGACCUCAUCAGGAAAGCCACAGAUUGUAUUCAUUCACAAGUUAUAUGACAUGUUGAGUAAUGAAUCAAUUUCCAAUUUGAUUAGAUGGGCACCAAGCUCAAACUCAUUCUACGUAUUUCCUGGUGAAAAUUUUUGCAAAGUUCUUGCACAAUACUUUAAACACACAAAUGUAUCUUCAUUCAUCAGGCAAUUAAACAUGUAUGGCUUCCACAAAGUCAGUGACAACAACAGCUCAGCAUCGCCUCCUGAAAGCAAAAACAAUUCACGUUGGGAGUUUCGUCAUUCGCAAAAUCGGUUCAAAAAGGGAGAUAUAGAAUCAUUAAAGUAUAUCAAAAGAAGAAGUUCCAAGACUAUUAAUGUGCAAAAAGAAGUUGUUGAUUUGAAAUCAAUUCCACAUCCAGGAGGAGAAUACGCGUCAAUGCCAAGGCACUCUGAGAAUGAGCUUUCACCAUUCAACACUCAUUAUUCGACACCAAGUCCUUCACAAGCUCCAAGAAAUGGAUAUCCUUCAUACCCACAUCAAGUACUACAAGCCCCCCUGUUUCCUUCACUCGCACCUGCAUUGCAACAACCAUCUUUACAAUUACUGGUUCAACAUAUUGACCGUUCAGUUCCGAAAUUGAAAUCUCCAUUGACGCCAGCACAACCACCAACCAACCCACAAAGUGCCAACCAAAGGGGGCCAGAUACAAUAUUGGCAUUACCUCAUGUACAUCAAAGUGGAAGCGUUCAAGACUACAUCCAUCAGCGGCCACCAAUUUCCACUCAGCUUUCGUUUGAAACCAAGAGAACAGAUGCAACUAUUACUGAAGUUGAAUACUGGAAAAAGAAGCAUGGUGAAUUGACAGCUGAUUUUAAUACCUUGAUAGGAAUUAUUGAAAAGGGGACCAACGUUGACGUCGAAUUUCAAAAGUUUAAAGAAUCAAUAGCGCUUAGACAACUGUUGCAGAGUCACGUCCAUCUCGAGUUCGACGCUCCAAUACUUGCUCCUCAGAUUGACAAAGCCACAACUUUAUCCUCCUACUACCCGCAAUACAAACCCAAGUUCAACCCUCCGGUAUUGAGACAAAGAGCCGAAUCAAAAUCUUAUAGCCCAUUAAGCGCAGCAAUGGCACAAAAGGAAUACAAUCAGUCCCAUCAACAAAUGAAAAUGGAUUCCAAGAUACCGUCUCUAUUAGUCAAUCAAUCGCAGAGGACGAAUUCACUUCCGGGGGUGUUGCCACAGCAGGAGCCAGACAGAAUAUCGCCAGUAGUCACUAAGACAUCAGCGGAAAAGAGAAACUCUGAUUCAUUGAUUGGUGCUGCUCCAAGGCUACCGAGUGUCAAUGAGUUGACUAUGAAUUUGCCUGUGUUUAAUUCAGGAUUGAAUUUCAAACGCAAGCGUUCAUCAUAA